AUGGCGACCCGCCAGCAGCCGCAGCCGCAGCAGCAGCAUCAACAGCCGCACCAUCAGCACCAGCAGCAGCAUCCUGGCGACGACGAUGACGUACUUAAUGUGGUCUGCGCAGAGCCUAAGAUUUUUGUGGGCGGCCUGCGGUACGAUGUGACCCAGGAGGACGUGGGCGCACACUACUUGCAGUACGGUCCCCUACGCAGCGCCGCCCUGCUGGUCCACCACGACACUGGAAAGUCCAAGGGCUGCGCCAUGGUGCUGUUUGAGCGUUGGACGGCCGCGGAGGCCGCGGUCGCGGCAGAGCACGGGGUUGUGACGCGGCUAUCGGCGCCGCGGCAGGCGGUGGUGAAGUUGGCAGACCCGCAGCGCAACGAGCACGGGGUGCUGUGUGGCGUGACACCACGCAAACUCUUCAUUGGGCAG